AUGUCGGAUAGCGAGUCGGACGGCUUCAGGCAGUCGGACGCGGAUAGCGGAUCUGAGGGAUACGCGGAGUCGCCCAAGGCUGCGAAGAAGGCGGCGCCGGUCAAGAAGGCAGCUGCGCCCAAGGCGGCCAAAGCGCCCGCUGGCAAGAAGGCACCAGCAAAGAAGCCUUUAGCGGCAAAGAAGCACACGCCGAACAACUCGGAGUCAGAGAGUGGCAGCGAUGUCGAUGAGACUCCUGCCAAGGCGAAGCCCAAGCCAAAGGCGGCAGCGGCAGACAAUGACGAGAAUGCAGUGGCUGGGAGCUCGAAGCCGGGGGAGAAGAAGAGCGCUAGUGACAAGUAUCAAAAGCUCUCUCAACUUGAACACGUCCUCAAGCGUCCAGACACCUAUAUUGGAUCUGUAGAGGCGAUCACACAGCAGAUGUGGGUCUUCGACUCGGAGAAGAAGGUCAUGGUGUUCAAGAACAUCACCUACGUUCCGGGUUUCUUUAAAAUCUUUGAUGAGAUCUUGGUCAAUGCUGCCGACAACAAGAUCAAUGACCCUUCUAUGGCGAACAUCAAAGUCAAUAUCGACCGAGAAAAGAACCAGAUUUCCGUCAUGAACGACGGACACGGUGUCCCAGUGGAGAUCCACAAGAAGGAGGGCAUUAUGAUUCCUGAGAUGAUUUUUGGCCAUCUCCUCACGGGCAGCAACUACGACGACGACCAGAAGAAGUUGACUGGAGGAAGGAACGGAUACGGUGCCAAGCUCGCCAAUAUCUACUCGAAGGAGUUCAUCGUCGAAACGGCCGACAAGGUGAACGGCAAAAAGUACAAGCAGGUCUUUAGCGACAACAUGGGGAAGAAGGGCGUGGCCAAGAUCACCGAAAACAAGAAGGGUGAGGAGUGGACCAAGAUCACCUUUACGCCUGAUCUCGUCCGAUUCGGCAUGGAAAACAUCGACGACGAUACCUACUCGCUCCUCGCAAAGCGCGUUUACGAUAUGGCGGGUACGGUCAAGGACAUCAAGGUGACUCUGAACGACGAGCGUAUCAAGAUCAAGGGGUUCAAGCAGUACGUGGAGAUGUACCUCAACUCGGCGUCCCAGGCGCAGACCGAGGGCGGCGGCGACGUCGCCAUGCCCAAACCGACCUUUGUCUACGAAAUGGUCCAUCCCCGCUGGGAGGUCGCUUUCGCCCUCUCUGAUGGCGAGCAGCGCCACGUCUCGUUCGUCAACUCGAUAUCCACGUCCAAGGGUGGUACACACAUCGAGAUGCUCUCCACGCAGAUUGCCAACAAGCUACUGGAGCAGAUCAAGAAGAAGAACAAGGGCGUGACCGUCAAGCCGUUCCAAGUUAAGAACUACAUGUGGAUCUUCGUCAACGCGAUGAUUGAGAACCCCGCUUUCGACUCUCAGACCAAGGAUACCUUGACGCUGAAGAGCUCGGCGUUUGGGAGCAAGUGCGAGUUGAAGGAGGACUUUAUCAAGAAAGUUUCCAAAACCGGUAUCAUCGAACAAGUCCUCAGCUUUGCCAAAUUCAAGCAGGAUCAGGCGAUGAAGAAGACGGAUGGGUCGAAACGUACAAGAAUCACCGGUAUCACCAAGCUCGAAGACGCCAACAGCGCCGGUGGCCGGAAUGCCAAAAACUGCACCCUCAUCAUCACCGAAGGAGACUCUGCCAAGGCCCUGGCGGUAUCCGGACUCGGUGUGGUCGGACGAGACCACUACGGUGUCUUCCCAAUCCGAGGAAAGCUGCUCAACGUGCGCGAGGCGAGCCAUGACCAGAUCAUGAAGAAUACGGAAAUCCAGCAUAUCCGGCAGAUCCUCGGUCUCAAGACUGGCGUGAACUAUACAAGCGUCGACAGUCUCCGGUACGGCCACCUCAUGAUCAUGACGGAUCAAGAUCAUGAUGGAUCCCACAUCAAGGGUCUACUCAUCAACUUCCUGGACCACUUCUACCCGUCCCUCCUCCGCCUUCCGGACUUUUUGGUCGAGUUCAUCACUCCCAUCGUCAAGGUGUGGAAGGGCAAGCAGGAGAUGACCUUCUACACCAUGCCACAGUACGAGGAGUGGAAAGAGGAGAACAAUGAGGGGAGAGGGUGGGAGUCCAAGUACUACAAGGGUCUCGGAACAAGCACAUCCGCGGAUGCCAAAAAGUACUUCAAUGACUUGGGCAAGCACCGCCUCGCUUUCGACACAAUGACGGAUGACGACCGCCUGCUCAUCGACAUGGCGUUCAACAAGAAGAAGGCGGACAACCGGAAAGAGUGGCUGAGGCAGUACAAACCGGGUACCUUCCUCAACCACGAUGUCAACGUCGUUCCCAUCGCGGACUUUGUCAACAAGGAGCUCAUCCUCUUCUCGAUGGCCGACAAUAUCCGGUCGAUCCCUUCCGUCGCGGACGGUCUCAAACCGGGUCAGCGAAAGGUGCUCUUUGGGUGCUUCAAGCGGAACUUGCAGAAGGAGAUCAAGGUGGCGCAGUUGGUCGGAUACGUCUCGGAGAAGACUGCCUAUCAUCACGGCGAGCAGUCGCUCACCACCACCAUUGUCGGUCUCGCCCAGAACUUUGUCGGAAGCAACAACAUCAACCUGUUGUCCCCGAAUGGUCAAUUCGGUACCCGACUUGCUGGUGGUAAAGACGCUGCUAGCGCUCGUUACAUCUUCACUGCCAUUCCUCGCAUGACCCGAGCCAUCUUCCACCCCAAUGAUGACGGUCUUCUCAACUACCUCGUCGAGGACGGAUCGACGAUCGAGCCAGAAUACUUUAUGCCCGUCAUCCCCAUGGUCCUCGUCAACGGUGCGGACGGUAUCGGAACAGGAUGGAGUACCUCCAUUCCCAACUACAACCCCAUCGAUAUCGUCGAAAACAUCCGGCGGAUGAUGCGGGGUGAAGAGCUGGAGCGGAUGAACCCCUGGUUCCGUGGCUUCAGGGGAAGUAUCGACCGGACCGAGCAGGACAAGUACAAAAUCAGCGGUCUGCUCGAAAAGAUCGACGAUACCACCGUCGAGAUCACCGAGCUGCCCAUUCGCAAGUGGACGCAGGACUUCAAGGAGAUGCUGGAGGAGAUGGUCACUGGGGAUGGCAAGACGCCGCAGACCGUCAAGGACUACGAGGAGCACCAUACCGACACUACCGUCCACUUCAAGGUCCACAUGACCGACAAGGACAUGCAGGCGGCCGAGGCGGAAGGUCUCGAGAAGAAGUUCAAGUUGACGACUACCAUGACUACCGGUAACAUGGUGUGCUUUGAUCUGAAUGGCAAGAUCAAGAAGUACGCUUCUGCCGAGGAGAUCCUUUCAGACUUCUACCACAAGCGACUCGAGUACUAUGGACUGCGAAAGCAAUUCAUGGCCGAUGAGCUGAACCGGCAAUUCGAGCGUCUGUCCAACCAGGCUCGAUUCGUCCAGAUGAUCAUCACCAAGGAGCUCUCGGUGUCCAACAAGAAGAAGACGGUGAUUGUCGCUGAGCUUCGCUCGCUUAAGUUCAAGCCCUUCCCCAAGACCAAGAAGCAAAAGGAGGAGGGUGAGACGGAGCCGGUCGUCGAAGAGGAAGAUGAGGGUCAGGCGAGCGACUAUGACUAUCUGUUGGGGAUGGCCAUUUGGAGCUUGACGGCUGAGAAGGUCGAAAAGCUGCUGCAUGAGCGGGAUGUCAAGGAGGCGGAGCUGGUGGAGCUGCUCAAGCUCUCACCGCAGGAUAUCUGGAACCGCGAUCUCGACAACUUCCAGGCCGAAUGGGAGCUUCUUCUUGAAGAGGACAUCACCGCUGCCAAGAGUGGCAAGGCCAAGCCGAAAGCUGCCAUCAAGGCUGCCGCGAAGCGCAAGAAGAAGGCAGCGGGGGAGGACUCGGAGGAGGACGAAGACUUUACUGUCAAGGUGGCCAAACCCAAAGCGAAGCCAAAGCCAAAAGCGGAGGUCAAGGAGUCGCCCAAGAAGGGCUCGCCGUUGAAGAGAGUAAAGAGCGCUUCGGGGUCUGACGACGAGAAACCACCGGCAAAGAAGGCGACCAAGUCAAAGGCGCCUGCUAAGCCUACACUACUGGACUCGGAUGAUGAGGCACCCAGAGCGGCCAAAACGGCCAAGGUCGACUCCAAGCAGCAAACACUCGACGGCUUCACCAAGCCCAAAGCGGCUCCAAAGAAGGCCAAGGCGGACGAUGCGAAGGUCGCGGGUCCGUCCAAGGCGAAGGCGAAGGCUGUGCCGGUUCCAACGCCCGUCGACUCGGACGACUCUGAUGUCUACCUCGUCACCAAGCCCAAGCCAGCAGCCGCGGCGGACUCGGACGACGAGAUGGUACUCAAGCCAAAGCCAAAGGCGAAACCAAAGCCCAAGGCCAAGGCGCCGGUUUCGGACGAGUCGGACGUGAGCGUCAAGCCGAAAGGUGGAAAGAAGGGGAAGAAGGCAGAGUCGGACUUUGACGACUCUGAGGGCGACGGUGCACCCCCACCAAGAGCUCCUGUCCCUCGCGCAGGACGAGGUGCCGCCAAGGUGACAACGUAUAUCGAUCUGUCUGAUGGGUCUGAUGGGGAGGAAUGA